UGUUUUCACCACGCCAUCACCUGUCCCCCUUCACCCUCUCCCGACCGUCGGUCUCCCCAAGCGGAUGACAUGGCGGCCACCAAGGGGUGUAUAAAUCUCUGCGGUGCAAAAUGUGCCCCGCAGAGGAUCCCGGCUCCCCUCCAAGGCGCAAAGUUUUGGGGCCGAUCGACUCCCUGCUUCCCAUCCUCCCCGAAUUCCUCUCUCCAACUAAUAAAGCCCUUCUCCGCCACGCACGGCGCCCGGCGGUCACUCCCACUCGGCGAGCCAUGGAGGUGGGUUUCUGCCCCUCGCGCUUCUCCCUGGAUGCGCGGAUACUCUCCUCUCCUCCCACCCACACUCGGGGCACGAGGGCCCGAUUCAAGGCCGCCCUCACCCCUUCUCCCGGAGCUUCUCCGAGAGCAUCCUCUCUUAGCAGCGCCUUUGUCGCUCCUUUUGUCGGAGGAAGCGUCUCCGGCGAGUUCUCCGGUCAGAAGUUGUGGAUCCCCUAUUUAAGCUCGUGUCCAUCCGGCCGCCGAGGCAAGAGGGGCGUCGUUCCCAUGGUUGUCCCUUCUUGAGAGGAAGUGCGUGGGAGCAACCACCUCCAGAUCUAGCAUCUUACUUGU